UAUAUAUAUAUACUUCAAUGGCACGAAGGAAUUAUAUACUUUUUUAAUAUUAUGAAACUUUUAAAAUAAGUAGUUGUACGGACGUUCGGUCGCGAGCAUCAGCAAAGUAUGAAACGUUACGUGUGUAAGUUAAUAUGAAUUCUCUUCUGUGAUCUCGCAAAAGCAUUAAGAUAUCAAAACGAGUUUUUAAUGUACAUAAUUGCAAGCAUAUAUAGGUAUCAAAAAAGGUAUUAGAAAGUCAAAAUAUAUACACAUUCUUUUUGUGGUUUUUUAUUAAGUACAGAGCUAAGAUUAGAUAAAACUGUAAUUAUAUAUAUAUAUAUAUAUAUGGUUCUAAAGUAUUUACGUCCUAUCACCCCUGAAGGAUACAGGAAAAUGCUAACGAUAAGGAAAACAAAUUGUUACGAUUACUAUAAUCUACUCGCGUUAAGCGUCACGAUGCAUUACGCUCUGCAUUUAUUUCGAACGUCGUCGGAAACCGACUUCUCUUGGGUGUCUAGUGCGUUUUAACGUAUGAAUACUUACAUAUAUAUAUACAUAUAUUAUCACGAAGUAACUUUUACGAUUUUCGUUCUCGUCUUUCUUUUCUCACAUAGCAUGUUUUAUAGUUUUCUCUUAAGCCUUGUCAUAUUCAAUUAGUCAGAAAUAGAAAGAUUGCCUGGAGAAAAUAUGUAUGGAGUUUUGAGGGAUGUCGUCAAGUUCAACGUGGAAUUCUUCCAGUCGGCAUUCUUCCAAAACGGCUCACGAGAUCCGAUUGGAAUGUUGUUCAAGAUUUUCGGCGGGCUUGAACGUUUGUUCAAGUACCAGUCCGGUAUCGAGAGCUUCUCCAGUGAUCUUCGUACCUUCAUCUCUGCUUCGGUGCACGCGAUCCGAGGAAACUAUACGCCAAUUAGAAGAUUCCAUUGAAGCCGAUGAUACAUAUAUAUAGAUACUGCCUAACAGUGUCAUUAGAUUUGUUUCGAUUUCUGAAUUCUAAGGAGUUCUAUCAACGAGAAUUGUGAACUUCGAAGGAAAGAGAAAUAUGAUUGAUCUGUAGAAAUUGGAACUGCGUUUGCAGUCUUUGAAAGUAUUUGAAACACUUACGUAUUGGUCGUAGAACAGCAUGUUGUUUUUAAUCCACAUCGUUGACACAGUCAUUUUGGUGAAAUUUGAAUCAGAAAAACCCGGAGGGGAGAAACGGGACGAAGGAUAGAAUUCUAUCGCGACUGGGAACUCUAUUUUUUAAACUAUGAACGGUCCGAUGUCGAACGCGUGUUUACCAACGAGGUCGUCCGAGUGUCUCCGUCAUGUUGCCGUUUCAAGAGUAACCGAACUGUAACUGUUGCUGACAUGGGAAAUGAAUAGAACGACAAACGUUUCGCGAUUGAGCGGCGCAAAGUGAACCGUCAACCCUGCUGGGCCUCCUAAUAUAUUCGCAGGGGUAGCUACCCCCACUGCGCGCCCUCGGAGGACGACGUUGAGGGAGUACUAGCUAGGUGGAGUGUUUAAUUAGUAAUUAUAACUGAACAUGUUCAGAGAGAGAAAUUAUAAACAAUAUGAGUGUCUUAAAUAAUGUAAAGUAUGGUAGUAUAGGAAAUAGUUGGAUGGUUUAUAUAGUUAUGAUGGUUUGUUAACGAUUUUUUAAAUUAUUGGUGAUAGGAGUGUUAUAGGAAGUAUAAAUUAAGGGAACAUAUGAAACAAUCGUAUGGUUAAAAAUUAUUGGUAAGAGGAGUGUCAUAGAAAGUAUAAAUUAAAGUAACAUAUGAAAUAGUUGGAUGGUUUAUAUAGUUGUUAUGAUAUAUUAGCAAUUUUUAAACAUUAUAGACUAUAAGAGUGUCAUAGACAGUAUAAAUUGAGACAACAUACAGUAUAUUAACAAUUUUUAAGCAUUAUUGUUAAUAGGAGUGUCAUAGGAAGUAUAAAUUAAGGUAAUAUAUGAAACACUUGAAUGAUUUAAAUAGUUAUUAUGCUAUAUUAACAAUUUUUAAACAUUAUUGGUAAUAGUAGUGUCAUAGGAAAUAUAAAUUAAGGUAGUGUUCAACAGCGGCAGGAGCAUGCAAUGGGUGAUAUACCGUUGGCAUACAACAUUUUCCGGAAAAUUCGGGAAGGUACAUGGAUUAUUGAUACCGUGGAAUAAGCAACGGUACUAUCAGGAUAAUCACGGUCAUCGAGGAGAAUGACCGACGCCGUUCAAAGACAAUAAAUCCUCGGAGGCGUCUACCUGUCUGUCCCCUCAGACCGGAAGAUUUGCUGCGACCUUUCGCCAACCAUUCUACCCAAUCAUUCAGAAGCUAUUCGUCGCUAACCACGGCAGUCAACGCGUCAGUCCCCAACAAUGUGAAACACUUCACAAAGUCCAGCUCAUAAAUGGCACCCUCGAAGGACCAGCCGACCACGCACGGCCCAAACGAAGAAAGUCGAGUAAAAAUUCGGGUCAAACGAGUCCCGCGUGAAAGUGACUCGGACAUCGUGGCGGAAUGCUCUUCCCAUCGGCGGAUCCACGACGGGGCAGAGAAUUCGGACCGUUAACCAACUGGUGGGAGAUUAAUCCGCGGUGGGGGGUUCACACGGUCAGAUCCUAUGGUCCCAUUUGCUUCGAGUGCUGUGAACAGCGCGCAACUUGCGGGUGCAUCCGCGGGCAAUUUCGAUCGCCAGCUAUUCAGCGACCGAGCGUUGCAGUGUCCCCCGGCGUGCAGAGGUGCCAAACGGUUCACCCGCGAUCCACGACACGCGUGCCCGGUGAUAUGGUAGAAAGUUAGAAUGGUAACGCGAUCGGACCGGUCAUCCGAUUGUUCGCCACGGUGAAGCAGCCUGCGUUCGAUAACGGGACACUCGCUAUCGCGGAAACAGACAUAGCCGGCUGGCUCUACGUUGUGUGCCAGGAUGAAUCGGCAGCUGCAGUUCACUGUGAAGACGGGGCUUCCCCAAGUGUGCGACGCGCUCCGGCGAAACUUAUGCAUGGGCGCGGGUACGGUGACCUCGACGCGGAUUUGCAGCUUCGAUCACGAUGUCUCCGUCCAGACGAGGCCGUACGAGGAGAUCCCCGGCCCGAAACCGAUCCCCGUUCUCGGGAACACUUGGAGAUUGUUCCCGGUGAUCGGGCAAUAUCAAAUAUCGGACAUGGCGAAGGUGUCGCAGGUGUUCCACGACGAAUACGGGAUUAUCUGCCGGCUGAGCGGUUUGAUCGGCAGACCGGAUUUGUUGUUCGUCUACGACGCGGACGAGAUCGAGAAGAUCUACAGGCAGGAAGGACCGACGCCGUUCAGACCGUCGAUGCCGUGUUUGGUCCGGUACAAGAGCGUCGUCAGGAAGGACUUCUUUGGUAGCUUGCCUGGCGUUGUUGGGGUACACGGUGAACCUUGGAGAGAAUUUCGUACCCGCGUGCAGAAACCAGUUCUCCAACCGCAGACUGUUCGAAAGUACAUCACACCCAUCGAGGUGGUCACCGGUGACUUCAUAAAAAGAAUCGAGGAAAUUAAAAGGGAAGAUGGAGAACUGCCAGGAGACUUUGACAAUGAGAUACACAAAUGGGCUCUAGAGUGCAUUGGUCGAGUAGCUCUUGAUGUUAGAUUGGGAUGUCUAGGAGGUACAUUGACUCCAGAUUCAGAACCCCAGAAGAUCAUCGACGCAGCGAAAUUUGCUUUAAGGAAUGUGGCUGUGCUUGAAUUGAAAGCUCCUUUCUGGCGGUACUUACCUUCUCGGUUGUGGACAAACUAUGUACGCAAUAUGGACUACUUUGUUGAAAUAUGCAUGAAAUACAUUGAUGCUGCAAUGGAGAGGUUAAAAACUAAACAAGCUGCCAAUGAGUUUGAUUUAUCCUUGAUAGAAAGAAUCUUGGCUAAAGAGACUGACCCUAAAAUGGCCUGCAUUCUUGCGUUGGAUUUGAUUCUAGUUGGAAUAGAUACAAUUUCUAUGGCUGUUUGUUCCAUACUGUAUCAAUUGGCGACAAGACCGGAAGAGCAGGAGAAGAUUUAUCAGGAGCUCGUAGAGAUUCUUCCAGAUCCGUCUGUUCCUCUCACCAGGCAACACCUUGAUCAGGCAGUUUACAUGAAAGCUUUCAUUCGUGAAGUAUUUAGAGUAUACUCUACAGUAAUUGGAAAUGGCAGGACAUUGCAGAACGACACUGUAAUUUGUGGUUACAAGGUACCAAAAGGAAUACAGGUGGUAUUCCCCACAGUCGUGACAGGAAACAUGGAGGAAUACGUGAAAGAUGCCAAAACCUUUAAGCCUAUGAGGUGGCUCACAGAAUCUACAAAAGAGACGCUGCAUCCAUUCGCAUCAUUGCCUUAUGGUCAUGGUGCACGCAUGUGUUUAGGCAGGAGAUUCGCCGAUUUGGAAAUACAAGUAUUGCUUGCCAAGCUGAUACGAUCUUAUAAAUUGGAGUACCAUCAUAAACCACUGAAGUAUAAAAUUACAUUCAUGUAUGCUCCUGAUGGUGAACUGAAAUUUAAGGUGAUACGGAGAUAAUAAAUAAUAAACACAUCUCAGAAGUAUCGCUAAAUGUAUAAAGUAGCCGUCCAUUUAUUCCUUUUCACACUUUUGUACAUAUACAAAUAAAUAAUUGAAGUGCCGUGUAUUGUCGGCUGCCUCAAUACGGUUACCUAUCAAUGAAUUUCAAAUUUAAUGGUCCCUUCGGCGUGUACAUGGGGUUGAUGUAAUACU